UUGCCUGGUUGCUUAGUAACGACCGCGGUGGAGAGUACCUAGGGUGCGCGCUCCCGAGCCACGCGUCCGCGAGACAGCAUCUGCAGCGUGCGCGCGCAUUACGCUUUUACACAUCAGAAAAAGAGACGUGAAUCUUAAUUUACAGUCAAAAUAAUAAGAAUUAUCAAUAGCAUUAUAUUCAUCAACAUCAUCGUCUUCUUCUUUACCGCUGUGAGAAGCAGGCUCGAGAAUGACAGGAGGAAAAACAUGGCGCACGGCGCGGUGAGAUGAGAGCGCGGUGAGAUCAGACAGGUGUGACUAUGGAAUGUACACUGUAAAAAAGGUGGCGCUUCCCCAACCAAUGGCAUCAUCCAUAAAAAAACCACAUGGCUGACCGGCAGAGUUUAACAUAUACCUGUGUGGGUGUGUGUGUGUGAGUGUGUGUGUGCGUGUGUGUGUGUGUGUGCAGAUUGUGUGUUAGCAGGGUAAGGAAAACAUGGUGUGUGUGUGUACAUGUGACUGAGAGACUGUGUGAGUGUACACGUGUGUGUGUGUGUGUGUGUGUGUGAGUGUGUGUGUGAGGGAGACCAUGUGGUACACACACCUGCACUGGCGACCUCUGACCUUUGCCUUAGUUUCUUGGUUGCCAUGGUGGUACAUCUCCAUGGCGAUGGCUGUGACCUUCCAGCCUACAGUGAACACUGCUCAGGGUCGUCUGCGUGGGAUGCGCAUCGCUGUGGCGACAGAAGGGCUCCGUCCCGUGGACCAGUACCUGGGCGUGCCUUUUGCGGCCCCGCCCACUGGAGUGCGACGAUUUGCUGUUCCAGAACCCCCCACAGCGUGGGGAGGCGUGCGUAACGCCACACGUUUUGCUCCUGUGUGUCCUCAGAGUGCACGUGGCAAUGUGCAUGACAUCACCGCACCUGUGUGGGCGACCUUUAACCUUGAUACCAUGGCAACGUACCUGCAGGAGCAGAGCGAAGACUGUCUCUACCUCAACCUGUAUGUGCCCACACGAGAAAGGAGUGGGCCGAAGCGGGCGGGGGAGGAGGUGGAGGAUGACGUCCUGCGUGACGCACGUGAGGACCCGUGGCCUGUAAUGUUGUUUAUUCACGGUGGCUCAUAUAUGGAUGGAACUGGAAACAUCAUGGAUGGCAGUGUGUUAGCAAGCUACGGAAAUGUCAUCGUCAUCACACUUAACUACAGGAUAGGAGUGCUGGGAUUCCUGAGCACUGGUGACCAGGCUGCUAAAGGAAAUUAUGGACUGCUGGACCAAAUCCAGGCUCUACGUUGGAUCAAUAAGAAUAUUGGGUAUUUUGGAGGAGAUCCGGGUCGGGUCACGGUUUUUGGAUCAGGCAUCGGAGCAUCUUGUGUCAGUUUGCUUACAUUGUCUCAUCACUCAGAGGGACUGUUCCACAGAGCCGUUAUUCAGAGUGGCUCUGCAUUGUCCAGCUGGUCAGUCAAUUAUCAGCCCGUGAAAUACACACGCAUGUUGGCCGAGCGAGUGGGCUGUAAUGUGCUCGACACACACGACUUGGUGCUGUGUAUGCAGAAGCGGAGUUACAGGGAACUGGUGGAGCAGGACAUCCAGCCGGCUCGUUUCCACGUCGCCUUUGGGCCUGUGAUUGAUGGGGAUCUUAUUCCUGAUGACCCGGAAGUGCUAAUGGAGCAAGGGGAGUUCCUCAACUAUGACAUCAUGCUGGGUGUUAACCAAGGGGAGGGACUUCGCUUUGUAGAGGGCGUGGUAGAGCCAGAGGAGGGCGGUGUUUCCGGAUCCGAUUUUGACUUUGCUGUUUCUGACUUUGUGGAUGGUCUCUAUGGUUACCCAGAAGGGAAGGACACACUGCGUGAGACGAUAAAGUUUAUGUACACGGAUUGGGCGGAUCGUGACAAUCCAGAAACGCGACGUAAAACACUCGUCGCCAUGUUUACCGAUCACCAGUGGGUGGAGCCUGCUAUGGUCACGGCUGAUUUGCACGCACGCUAUGGUUCUCCAACGUUCUUCUACGCAUUUUAUCACCACUGCCAAAGUCCAAUGAAGCCUGCCUGGGCCGACUCCGCCCAUGGAGACGAGAUUCCUUAUGUGUUUGGAAUUCCGCUCGUCGGACCCACCGAGCUUUUCCCUUGCAAUUUUUCACGCAAUGACAUCAUGCUGAGUGCAGUCGUCAUGACGUAUUGGACCAACUUUGCCAAGACUGGAGACCCGAAUAAACCUGUCCCUCAGGACACAAAGUUCAUCCACACAAAAGCAAACCGUUUUGAGGAGGUUUCAUGGUCGAAGUACAGUCCUGAGGAUCAGCUCUACUUGCACAUCGGCCUCAAACCACGUGUACGAGAUCAUUACCGUGCCACUAAAGUCGCUUUCUGGAAGCACCUGGUUCCCCACCUGUACAACCUAAACGACAUGUUCCACUACACCUCCACCACCACCACACGGGCACCACCCCCUCCUGCACAGGCCACUCCCACUGGACCACGCCCCCCUAGACGCCCUGGGCCACUGGUCAUUGCUAAUCCUCGU